AUGUCAAAGAAGAACAAGAGCGAGUCUAAAACUUCACAGCGUGAGGCCACGCUUGAUGUUUCAAAUCCCUACUCCCUACACCACUCGGAUCAUCCGGGUAUGAUACUCGUCUCCAAAUUAAUUGAAGGAGACAACUACAGCACAUGGAGCCGUGCUAUGCGAAUCGCCCUGAGUGCUAAGAACAAGAUCUGCUUUGUCACUGGUUCAAUCAAGCCACCUUCCUCAACAGACGCCACUUUUCCUUUAUGGCAGCACUGUAACGACAUGGUCUUGUCAUGGCUCUUGAACUCUAUUCAUCCUGACAUAGCAACCAGCGUGAUUUACGCUGAAACAUCAGUAGAGGUCUGGGCAGACCUACAAGAGCGUUUCUCUCAAGGAAACGACUCGAGAAUUUAUCAGAUCAAGCAAGAAAUUGGGGAACACAGACAAGGGCAGCAGUCCAUCUCUGUCUAUUACACUAAAUUGAAAGCUUUGUGGGAUGAACUUUCAUCCUAUCAUCAAAUGGUGAUUUGCACAUGUGGUGGAUUGGAGAACCUCAACAAAAGAGAUGAAAAGGAGAAAGUCAUGCAAUUUCUCAUGGGAUUGAACGAAAAUUAUGGUCCUGUUCGUGGUCAAAUUCUGUUAAUGCAGCCUCUACCCGAUACACGUCGAGUCUAUUCGCUCGUUCUCCAACAAGAAAAGCAGAUUGAAGUCGCUCUCAAUCGCGACAACAUGAACCACCAUGCCAUGCUUGCAGAUCAUAAGUCACAAGCUCCGGCAUAUUCUUUGCAGAUCAGAACAACAAGACGAUCCAAGCUCAUCAAGUUCAGAAGCAAAAGAAUAGGCUGCACUGUUCGUAUUGUGAUCAAGAUUACCACAGCGUCGAACGAUGCUAUUAUCUACAUGGUUCCCCCAUGGGACACAAGCUUCAUGGAAAGAAUGUAA